AUGUCACAAAUUGAGGUAGAAGGAGAACAACCGGUCAUCCCCACCGCACCUCCGGCGAUCAGCUCAUUGUCAACGCCCAACAGCUUUGGCGUCACGGCAGCAGCUUCUCUCCCGCCGUCCAGCUUCUCGCCCGCAGCUGCCGUUCUGCCGUCCAGCUCCUCGCUGGCAGCUACUCUCCUGCCGUCCAGCUCCUCGCCAACAGUUAUGGAGCCGCAGAUCGCCGCACCGUCCAGCUCCCUGCCAGUAGCAGCUGCUCUUUCAUCACCGGCAGUUUCUUUUCCGCCAGCGGCAGCGUCCUCCUUGGCAGCAGCGGCGUCUUCUUUCCCUUCACCGGCGACAGCUCCUUCACCGUACGGGUUGACAGCUCCAACGUCCGGUGUUUCUUUUCUAGCAGCUAGCACCGCUUUUUCCCAGCAGCAGCUAGGCGGCGAUGGUGGUCCGGUGGCUGAUCCUUCCACGGCGGCAGCAGAUGGCGGUUUGCCAACCAAUUUGGUGGCGGAUCCUGCAUCUUUGUCUCGUGUUUCUCCAUCAUUGGCCGUGUCAGCUAGCGGUUUGCCAACCAAUUUGGUGGCGGAAAUUGUAGCUACUACGCCUGCUUUUAGCUCUGAGACACCAACUUCUGGCUUGGCAAUUUCAAAGGCAACAACUUCUGGUUUUCCGCCAACCAAUACCUCAGGUAAAUUUCUUUUGACACUCUUCUUGGAGGUUGGCGGUAUGGCUGAAACUCGGGCUUAA